AUGGCCGUUAGCGAUGUCAUUACCAUUCUGUUGUUUUUAUGCAACAAUUUUACUGAGGAUCAACUGGGACGUGUGAGUCAUAAAUUCGCUACAUUCGCUUUACGGUUUCUUCUAUUAUACUCACAGUUCUCGCUUUAGAAAGAUAUCACGCCUUGCUAAAACCCUUCAGAACCGAACUGCGGUUAAGCGAGGAUAACGUCAAGAAGGCCAUCGUUUUCAUUUGGACCACGAGUGUCGUAAUUUGCUUUCCACAGUUCUUCUUUGCAGAAUGGGACGAGAAACCCAUUUCAUGUGUUGAAACAUUCGAUAUAAGCAAAUUUUAUACACUUCUGUAUUUUACAAUUUUCAUCAUGCAAUCGACCAUCAUGUUUUUCUGCUAUGCUACAAUUUGCUCAGAAAAUAAUGAAGAAGGAGACUCGGAGAAAAAGAAACUGGUUUUGACAUUUCUCCUAGCGAGUUUAGCGUUUUUGAUCGGUUAUGGGCCUUCUAUAGUUCUCCACAUUCUUGUUGCAUCGCGAGAUAAUGAACAAAAUUAUGACUCAGAACUAUACUCUGUUCUUGGCGCCGUAUCAACAUUUCUGCUUGAAUUAAGUUUAUGCCUUAACCCUAUUUUGUACGCUUUUCGUAGUUCAAGCUACCGACAAGAGUUUAAACGCCUAGUGAUAUGCAAGAAACCGACACCGAACAAUGAAAUUGAGAUGCGGUAA